AUGUCGUGCAAGGAUCGGCCGCAACCGGGACCCAUGGUGCCCACUGUGAAUGACUGCGUAUGCAUUCCAUCGACACUGUACCUCGCCACCCAUCUUGCCGGUGCGUUUUUUUCAUUUCCCUUAAUAUGAUGGUUCAGCGGUUACUCUGCGACCAGUCUGUCUCAGACACGAGUGGCGCUGUUGCUUCAGACCUUAAAGGAGAAACCAAACACUUUGUCAUCUGACAAGUGCUGCGUGAAGUGGAGGUAGUGGCAGUGAGGGAUCAGCACACGUAAGCCACGUGACCGAAGUGCUUGGUCCUCCACAGCGCCGAAUCAUAUCUACAGUCCACCUAACCCUGGUCCUAUCAAUAGCAUACCAUUGGAGUAUGCCGAUGGGACAUAGUGAAUGUGGGAACGGUAGAGGUUUAUGCUGUCCAGGUCACUACUGCUCAAGUCCAGGAUAGCGGUGAUUCUCGCCGAGGUCGGUGGACGACAGACACCCCUGCGGUUGCUUGUUUUGUUGCCUCUACUACCCACUACGUGUUGAAGCGCUGCAUCUUAUGGCUGUGUACGUUCUUUCUCUAAGCUCCCUGGAUUGAAGUGAAGAGCAGUAAGACUGGCCAGUUUUACUACUUCAAUCGGAACUCUAACGUUUCCGUCUACGCUCUUCCCAAGGAGGCGAUAUUGCCUUACGAGUGAGUUGCUCUGCUUUCAUACCCUACCAUUACCCUCUCCAUCUGAUAGAUCGUCCUCAUGGGAGUGGGAUGGUGUUGCACCACGGCGGCCGAAGACGUUGAGGGUGACGCAUACGUACACUGGGUUAUGUAGAGCUCUGCCGAAAACCACAGUUAUAAUAGCCGUAAGAAAUAAUUUAAACAAGAGUGGGAUUACCGACAAAGACGAAGGAGACCUGGGUGGUAAUUUUAGGCUUGUUAGCCAUCGUCAACCAGUCGUGCCGAACUCCAGGUUUGGGAGCAUUUGAGACUCGAACCGGCGCUCUGCUGGUUAUUAGUCCAACGCCCGAACCAAUGAAACAAAGGCUAAUUGUCCUGUCAGUUGCGAUCGGGUGUGCUAAAGCCGGUAGAGGGCGCUCACCGAUCGCGUUACUGGACAUACUCGCCCCAUUCUGCCAUGGGACUCAAACUAGGACCCUCACAAGCGAAAGGACAAUGAACCCGUGGCCCAAUGGUUAGACCGUUGGACUUGAUAACGCCCAAUAAUCAAAGGAACCCGAGUUCGGACCUCAGAUGUCCACAGACCUGACCAAGUUGACCUCGGUUCCGUCUCCAUGCUGCUUCUUUGUUGCAUGUGUUAUUCGAGUCUGAGGCUAUCUCGGUGCAGUCUGCCUAGUUAGGAGUAUAUGUGGAGUGCCGGACUGGCGGGCUGAGAGUCAGUGAGGAAACUGGUAGACGAAGGGCGUUAUUUCCGUUGCCGAAUCCCACCAUGACAGUAGGAAGUUAAUCACGUGAUCCAGUUGCUUACAGUUCGGACGUAGGAGACGCCCAGUCGUCACCCGAAGUAGGACCAUAGAUGCAGUCGUUGGGUCCACCACACGGCCAAUGUCAACCAGGUGCUUCAUAAUGGAACGUCUGGGGGUGAUUUAUUUUCCGCCCUUAACAGCCACUUUGGCAUGCGUUCAGCUGAUCGUGUUGCCUUUUCGUGCGCCGAAUAUAUUUGUAUCCGCAACUGCAUGUAAGCUCAUAAAUACAGUUUUAUGUGGCGGGCAUUGGUGGGAUGUCUUUAGUUGGUUAGUUCCUUCAAUCGUACAUCGAAGCUUUAGUUUGGUCGCGUCUGACACAUUAUCACCCUUGAAAGGGAGGUAGAUGCCCACCGACUUUUUGGCACGAACGUUCCUGCUGGACUUUAUUUUCUGUUUCAACUUCGCAAAAAUGCUUCGAGAAUUUUCGAAGCACGGCAAAAGUGACAUCGAGGAAUUAUACAUGUGUAAUAGUUGAUGACCUAGAAUUCGUUGACCCCCCUCUCCCCCAAAGAACUCUGUCAGGCCAAAAAAGCUAACUUCGGGAAGGCAUAAUCUAUCCGAUCAGUCAACUGGCAAUGGAAGCGAAAAUUUCAGACUGCUCUUCGGAGAGCAGGAUUUUGUCUUCUGAGGGGAUUCCUAACAACGGCAUCAGCAAGGAGUGUUAUGUCCUGUUAUUCUGGUUCCGAAAUCGUCACCGUCUGAGUCAAUUGCCGCCUUACCUCACACGCAAGUUAGAGACGUUUAGUCCAAAACCUCACCGGAUCUAAAGGUGGCUUAUUGUCUGCCAUAUUGUCCUCCAUAUCUGUGAAGGAGCGACCUGAACUUGCCGGAUCUACUGUUACCAAUUAUCGGUGGUCGGAUCAGUUGUAGUUACGGCUGUUUCCGCAUACACGUUAAACACUUAGGCACCUGACCAUGAACUCAUAUACGAACCGAUGUUUUCAGACCUCUUUUCUGUAAGCGGUAUGCCUUGCAGACAGUCGCCAUAUGUUUUGCUGGGCGUGGACCCUAUAUUUUCCCCAAGAAAGGGCUAUUUCGGAAGAGCGUCUCCUUAUUCGAUGAACUGUUACCACUUAUUCCAUCCACACUUCCGAACUAAUCCUCCCACAUGUUUACUUCCUUCCAUUCCAGUAAAACCAAGUUUUUCCAAGUGCCCUGGACGCGUGCGACCGUGGAUGAGUUCGAUGCCGCACAGCUGGCCCAGGAUGUGCUUCAUUUAGAUUUUUAA